AUGGCCGUCGACGACUUUAGCGCGAUCCUCGACGUCCGCGGCGACGAUGUCCAUGGCAUGGCGCUCUUCCAAUGUGGCCUCAUCGAACGCGCGCAUGCGGACUUUUCUACCGUCUUGAGCAUCAACCCGACCCACGUCAUGGCCCGCUACGCCCGCGCGGGGUGCUACAACACGGAGGGCGAAUUCCAGCGUGCGAUCCAAGACUACACAAUUGCACUCGAGUGCGACGGCCACGACAAGAGCAUGCUCGAGCGUGGCGGUGGCCGGCUCUACCUGCACGAGACGGCCGAGAAGGUCAUCAACGACAAGCUCAACCGCAGCUACCACCGAUCGACGCCCCGCGACGCACUGUCGUCGCCGCUUCGAAAGCGCCAUAGCUCCCCGUCGGUCCGGUCGCCCAUAAAGCCGCCACUGGCGCGCACCGCAUCCGUCGACGUCGCGCGCGUCACGGUCGACCUCUCGGCUCUCUGCGCCAAGAAGCCGCUCAUCAAGAAGGUCACCGUGACGUUAUAA